AUGGUCGUAAGUCUAAUUCAUCCCAAUACUUGUGGAUUUGCCAAAGUAAUUGCUUGGCAGCUGGAAAAAUCAACAGCGUCAACAGCAAUACGGUCGGACGGAGAAUCAUUACCAAAAUUUCGCUCGCGAAUAUCAAAGUUACACUACGAAAAUUUUAUUGAAGCUUUCAGCGAGUGCAAAGAGAACUACUCAAUUAGCUUUGCGACUUUUCAGAAGAGGUUUCAAGAUCUCCAUACAAAAUUUGUCAAAUGGAAUUCCCGUAAAAUCAACGAGCGUGUGAAAUAUCUUGCUACUUUUGAGACGGAAAAGUGGAAAAAACUUCCAUCCUCAAAGAAAGCUGAACAUAGUUUACAGGAGUGCCGUGGAUGUUCUCACAGCUACAGCUAUGAGCAGUCUCUGUUUCCUGUCAAGUCCAAGCAAUUUAACAAUUGUCAAGACAAGAAUAACUUUGUAACAGCAACACAGACCGCUAAUGACGUGGGUGAAUCGAAAGCAAAGGUGAAAUGCAAAAAACGCGAGGUGACCAAGGCAGCUAGGGAACUGUAUGCACAAAUUAACCCGCAAUUUCAGAAAAUAUGUCGGGUUCCUUUGGCUCAAGCUUUAGUUUCUGUUCCAGAAUUGCAACUCCAGCAGAAGAAAUCUAAAACUGAAAUGAAGAAAGAAAAAAGGGACUGUUACAGGAAGGUAAAAGCACGGAUUGAAGAGGAAUGGAAGGAAACAGAUAUUUUAAGGUUAGUAACGCUGUACAUGCAUGAAAUAAUAGUCAUUCACCUAAAAAGUUAAAUCAUGUCAAAUUUGUUACACUUAGGUGUUUUGGUAACAGACAGUCGUUGAAGUCGCGUCAGAAAGAUCGUCUAGCGCAGGCGUUUGAGCCAAGACUGAGUCCAGAACAUUCGCAGGUACCUAAAUAAAAAGAAGUCCUGUUGGGAUAUUUGACAAGAUGGCUUGGGACAAAGAUGCUCUUAAAUCAGAAGUUGAGUCAUAUGAAGAUGGCAAGUUUGUCAACUGGUCUCAACUGGCAAAGGACUAUAACGUCACCAACACGAAAGGCGAAAUUGCAGCAAAUGGCGGCCAGAUUGUGAAAGAGUGGUUGAAAUCAGUUGGUGUCAAUACAGGGAGAUUCAAACGAUACAACACCAAUUCAGAUGAUCCACGCAUUCGACGAAAGAAGAGGAGAGGCCUAGGAGGGGAGAUAUCCAUACCAACGCCGGUAACAAAUGCAUCUCUGAAAAAACAACUGCACGAAAAAAUUAUGCAGAAUGAGUAUUCAAUAGGAAAACUAAUUGUUCCUAGAAAGGUACCUAAUAUUUUUAUAUGUUCUAUCCACUAGCAUCAAACUGGUAGACAAGUAUUGGUGAUUUUCACAUAUUAAUUCCAUGUCGGUGUAAAAAUCCCUUUAAAACAAAGAAAAUCCAUUGAAAUUUAUUCUGAGGAUAAUUUAUUUGGUACUUUACCGUUUUUUACCAACAUGGGUGCUUUAAUAUGACGUGAAAAAUAUCAGUAUAUAGUUCAAUCUGCCCUGGAAUUGUACACUUAUCAAAUCAUGUACCUUAAGGUUAUCUUGCUCUAUACUAAUGCCUCAUAAUUUACUCAUUAGUAAUGGUGAAGUGUUAGACGUGUUAGAUUCUUUGACAUUAACAGUGUCAUUCACUUGCUGUGCCUGAUACCAUUAUUUUACUAUCACUGUCUUUCACCCGACGAAAAAACAUGGGCUUUCAAGACCAGGAAACUCGAUCUACACUAGUAAUAACUACAGUUUAUGGGAAUGCAUUCAGUCUAUUAGGCACAAAGUUUAAAGUUUUGGGGAACAUAAAGUUGUCAUAUGCGGCAACCUUUAAUUCCCCUUCCCCCAAUAUUUCACAAAGUGUUUGCCGCAGAGUAUAUAUUAAGUUUGUCUAUCAUGCCAGAUGAUUUGUACAGAAGUCUCUUUUUUAUUUUUUAGUAUGAAAAGUUGACACUUAAUGACGAUGGUACGAUUGUUCAAAGUGAGUUUGUGGUAGAAGGUCGAAAGCAACCUUUGACUGUAAUAAGAAAGAUUUUUUUGAAGUCCCAUGCCAAUUAUAUGAGAACCGUUACAGAUGAAGAGCUAUGCAUGAUGUCAGAAGAACAAGUUAAAGAAAGAUUAGUUCAAAGUUAAUGCUGUGUUCUCAGAUUUGGAUGAUGUAGAUACAUUAAAAGCAAAGCUGAAAGAUAUUUCACACACUCGUCAUCUAAAAAUAUGGCAUGAUCUGUCAACUAUCGCCAAUCACAGUCACCUAAUUUUCAUGGUUGCAUGCAUAUAUGACCCAGCUUUAUUUUACACAAAUAAGGAGUUUGAAAUGAAGACCAAGAGAAAAGUUGACAUUCAAACAAUCGUAGAAUCGCCUGAAGUUUACAUUGUCGCCAGAUCGAGCAGUUCAGAUGUAGAGCAGCUGUCGUAUAUAGAAACAAGAGUUGAAUGCUUGGAAGAAAUUAGCUUGCCAUUACCAAAUGAAAAUGGAGAGGAAAUAAUUGAUAUUAUGCGUUUCUUUCAUGGUGACAACCCAGCCCAGCAAUACGAGUGUGGCCAACAAAAGGGGGGCCACUAUUACUGUUCCGUCUGUGGAGUACACGCAAACCGUGUGUAUGAACUGGAUUACAGCUAUCGUUGCACGCACAUGUCGUUGAGUGACAGACAAAAGUUGAUUUUGGAAGGUGCCAUUUCUCGGCAAAAAACAUUGGCAGGAAAUAGCAAACCAGUUCACCAAUUGAAGAAGCCUGAGUUACUACAGGAGUUAAAUAGUAGGAAGAUCUAUGAGGGGGAAACACAAGAAGAUUUGAAAAGGUUGUUGACUGAUGAACUGCAUGGGGUUCAGAGAGUCCCAGCUCUUCUCUACACUAAUCCAUUGGCUAGUUUAGCUUCAAUUAACUGCGACAAGUAUGAAAUAUUACCAUUUGAACCGCUACAUGAUGUGGGAAAGCAUAUUGAAAAUAUUCUUGUUGAGUUGCCCAUGCAUGUUUCACCUGAAGAAGCAACAAUGAUCACUGAAACAAUUGAACUCUGCCUUGGAAAGAAAGAAACAAAACGAUGCUUUGACUACCGAUGUACUCUGAUUACGGUUACAAAUCGUGUAAUUGGCAAGGUUUCCCUGGAAGUACAGAGGCUGUUACAAACCUUGGUGGAAAUACAGGCCAUCGCAUAUGGAAGAGAUGAGAACCGUUCACCUCAGAGUGUUCUAAGAUUCCACAAUCUGACAUGGCUACAUGCAUUUCUAUGUUGGCAAGUUAUUGGCUACCAGACAAAGAAGAUGACUUGUCGAAAAUUUUAUGGCGUCUAUUUUCACAAAUUAUCGGCCCAUGCUGCUAUCCAAAAUCGCCUCAUUAGUGGAAAAUCUUGUCAUGCAGAAGAACAAGAAAGAGUUUUCAAUGCAGUUACCAACAUCACUCGGUCCACCUCAUCCUACAAACCGGAUCAUAUUAUUGGGAAUGUCUUUCUUCGAAUCCAAGCUGAGAAGAAAUUGGGGGAGUACCAUUCUGAGAAUACAAUUGAUCAGCAGCAAAAUCACAUUUCCAAACUGGCUAAAUCACUUCCCUCUCUUGGCAAUACUGUUGUUCCUUUCAGCAUUAUAACACGUCAUUCUAAAUCUUGGCAAACUCAUUUGGAGAGGAUAAGUGACUUUCUUAUGUUUGGCAGAGGUGUUUGGUGGACCAGCAAUGAAGAAGGUGAUGUGGAAUUUUUUGACAGCAUGCAAUCCGGAGUAGAUUCAAGAUCUGAAGGUCCAAAGCUUCAUCAUUUUCGAUCAAGUAACUUCAAAGAAGAAGAAGACCACCUACAUAAGUGCUGGUCUGUGUGCAUCGAAAAGAAAAUUCUGUUACCUCUUCAUGUGCUGCGGUUGAAAGAUGCCACUACAGAUACCUUUAUCCCUACCCAGACCCAGUUCCUGAAGAAUCAAGAAUUGUCAGAUGAUGCUUCCAAUGAUGCCAGUAUGGACGAUGAAGCAAAUAGUGAACACAUAGGAGAGAUCGCAAUUAGUACACCCAAAGAAUACAGUCAAAACUGUUUUGACAGUGUUGGUAAAAAUGACCAUUCUCAUGAGGAUAUUGUUCAAUAUAACCUGAUAAUGCCCAUGCCUGAAGAUGAUUUGAGAGAAUCAAUGUUAGAAGACCCUCCAGUGGACACUGCACAUAUGACAGCUGGUAAGUUUUAGAUAAUUAAUGUUAACAAAAUAUAUUAGGACAUUAUAGUUUUGACUGUUAUGUACAGUAGGGGGUGCACCGGAAACCAAUUUUUUAAGUUCCGGCCGGAACCAGAUCUGGAUCUGCAAUAUAUAGUCAUAUGUUACUUUGUCUGCUGCCAGAAAAGCAGACACUUCAAGUCAUCAAGGAGAAAGCUCGCAAAUGGUAGAAUAAAAAGAUUGACAAAUGUUAAACGUCAUAAUGAAGUGUUAAUUGUGUAUAUUUUCCUUGUGUAACAGUCAAAAUUUCUCCCUACUGUGAACUUUUGUCAGACACAAAAACGUUUGAUAUUCUGAAAAUAACAGAGUUCCGGUUUCGAUCAUGCUUUUUUAUUAGUUCCGGCCAGAACCAGAGCUCUGAAAAAUAGGGGUUCCGGUGCCCCUCUACUGUUAUGUUCUACCAUAAUAUUAUGAUAACAAUCAUAUUAAAGCUGUUCUUUCAUAUUUAGCGCAAGAGGAUGUUCAAGCUGUAAAUGGCACAAGUGAAGCUCAAAUCAGCAAAGACCCUUUAAGUGCUAAUAAAGAACAAUGGCACACUAAAUUGGGCUCAACCCUGGCAUAUGUUCUUGGAAAUACAAAUGAAGUCAUUGAACUUGAUCAUGUCAGAAAAAAGGCCAAGGACCAACGACAGGAUAAGUUUUUGCUGGAUAGCUACAUGUAUAAACUUGCGGUGAUUCAAACAAAAGUGUCAAAGAAGAAAAGAGAGUUGGAGAAAAACAUUGAGGAUUGGGAAAAAAAUUAUUUUAUGUCCAACAAUAGGUUACCAACAUAUGACGAACUGAUAGCAGAUUCAGUCAUAAAAGAAAAACUAAGACAAAUAAAAACUGCCAAAGUCAUUAUGAAAUUAAAGGGAUGA